UCACGCAAAACCGCCCAAUCGCCGCCGCCCAAUGGAUCUCCCGCCUCCGCCGCCAGCCUUCAGCCGCCACCAUAUCCACCACCUCAGGUAUGAAAACGUCCUCCGCCCUCCUGAUUUCCUUCCCCCACCCUAUCCCCCCCACCUCCCCCCACCACAAACCCCUUCGUUGAAUACUCCUCUUCCACCACCGCCGCCGUCGCCGCCUCCCCUACAAAUUCAUCACAUGUCUCCAACCCUCCAUCCUCCGAGAUUUGCUUUCUCUCCGCGGCGGUAUCCAAUUAUUGAGCGAUCCCACCGUUACGAAUUCGAUCCGCUACCAAAACCCUAUAUCCAACCCACCCUUCCUCCGCCUCCACCGCCACCGCCUCCGAGAGAUGACGUAUCUUUGCGAGUUGUUCGUGAUUAUCCCGAGAGGAAUCUUGUCUUCGAACAUGAAAAUUACUCUCGGGGUCGAAUUGAUGAUAUACGUGAAUUGCCUGGGAAUUGGGAUCGAGAUUUAGGUUGGGGUGCUCCGAGAGCUCAUAGCAGGGUUCCGGAGACUGAUAGAGGGAUUAUUGAUAGAUAUCGUGAUGUAAUUCCUGAGAGUUUUGAGCUGUGUAGAAAGAGGGAUGAUGGCAGGAUAUGGGAUAGUGGACUUCGUGAUUGGGGUUCUGAAUUGGACUGGAGGGAAUAUGAUGAGAGGCGAUGGGAUAGUGGUAUGAAUGAUCGGAAUCGUGACUUGUAUAGGGAGCGUGAUUAUGACGAGAGGAGAUGGAAUGAUACCGUUAUGAAUGAUCGGAGUCGUGACUUGUACAGAGAGCGUGAUUAUGAUGAGAGGAGAUGGAAGGAUACUGGUAUGAAUGAUCGGAGUCGUGACUUGUACAGGGAGCGUGAUUAUGAUGAGAGGGGAUGGAAGGAUACUGGUAUGAAUGAUCGGAGUCGUGACUUGUACAGGGAGCGUGAUUAUGAUGAGAGGAGAUGGAAGGAUACUGGUUUGAAUGAUCGGAGUAGUGACUUGUACAGGGAGCGUGAUUAUAAUGAGAGGAGAUGGGAUACUGGUACGAAUGACUGGAGUCGUGACUUGUACAGGGAGCGUGAUUAUAAUGAGAGGAGAUGGGAUACUGGUACGAAUGACUGGAGUCGUGACUUGUACAGGGAGCAUAGUUUUGAUGAGAGGAGAUGGGAUAGUGGUAUGAACAAUCUGGGAGACAAGGUGCAUAUUCAGAUGGAUGAUGAUGAGAUGAGACGGGAACAUAGCAGGUCUGCUGGAGUUUUGUCUCGACUAGGAAACAUGCAACCAGAGCUUCCUCAGAAUGAUCUAAGGUUUGGUAGGGUUUUGUCUCGACUUGGAAACAGGCAACCAGAAUAUUCUGAGGCUGAUCAGAGUUUGGGUGGAGUUUUGUCUCGAUUGGGGAACAGGAAACCAGAAUUUGCCGACGACAAUUCGAGUUUGGGUAGAUUUAGUGGUAGGUUAGGGGCUGGGGUUUGUAAUGUUAAUAAUGGGGAGUUGAUUUGGCCUGAUAAGAAGAAGAGAUUACAGAAAAAGAAUACAUUAUUUAGGACUCAACAAGGAAAAAUUCGCAGCAGACACAUUGGAGGGUUUAAAUCUCAACACUUAGCAAACGACUCCAGUAGAGGUAGUUUCAAGGUCAAGGAAAAAGGAUCUGUGAAGAUGCAGACAAGAAUGGAAGUUAACAGAGAGAGGGAGCAGAGUCCUAUGGAGCUUUCUAUUUCAUUUAAGUCAAAUGCACUUGUGGCAAAGGCUAUUCAGGUGUCACCUCAUCCAUCUACUGAAUUAAGUAUAAGGUCAAAUUCAGUGAAAGAAAGAACAGGGUGUGAUGUGUCUGCUUUGCCUGCCGCCAAACAGGAUAUAGUUUCAGAUUUCCAAUUUGAUCCACAUGAAGCUUCACAAGAGCAUGUUGAUAUAGGAGCAACAAAGCACCCUUUGCUUGGAGCCGAUCCACAGAUGGAAAGAGAAAGUCAUGCCAUCGAAGUUGAUGCUUGUCAACCCUUGGUUCCUAAAUUGAAGAGGAAAAGGAGCAAUUUGAACGCAAGACACGGGCUGGAGCGGAAACGGAACAGUUUGAACACAAGACCUGCAUCGUCAUAUGUGGUCCGUGAUGUAAUGACUACGUGUUCUGGUCGUUCUGGGGGAUUGGUAACUACUACUGAGGAUGCUUACCAUGUGCACCAGUUACGAGUUGAUGGGGUUGCACAUCCGGCACAUGAAAACUUUUCAUCUCAAGAGAAAGCUGAUCGUGGAGACAGUCUGGACGUCAAUCAGGACAUGAACAUUUCAAACAAACAUGUACACGAUACAACUUUUGUAUGUGAUGCAGAUAGGGGUGCAAUUAAGCCCGCUAGCCAAUAUACUAAAUUUGGUAGAGAUAUAGAAGAUGAAGUUAGCGAACAUCGUAAUAUGGGUGAGGCAAUGCAAAUUAAAGGGUAUGCUAUCAUCUCUGAUGUUGGAUUUAAAGAUGCUAACUCAAAGGACUUUCUCCAAAACCGUGAUGAUACGCCCCAAGUUAUGUUAGAUGCAAAGCAUUUCAGAAGUUUAGAAGGUGCUGCUGUUACAGAUUCUCCAAAUGUUGCUUUUGACAUCUCAGUCAGUUCCUGCGUACUUUCGGCGAAUAAUAAGGAGACUUCACCUGAAUUUGAAGCAUCUUUUUCAGAUAAUAUGGGAACUGUUCUCCCACAUAAUGUUUACUCUAUUGAAGGAUCUCCCGAGAUGAUAAGUGGCAGGGAAACUUGUGUAUCCAUUGAUAAUUCAUCCUCCAAGGUGAUAAGUGACAGUGAAACUUGUGUACCUGUUGCGAACUUAUCCAAGGUUACUAGGAAGAGGGAACAUAGAGGUGAUCAGAUGGGUGUUUCUAGUACGAAGACCAAUGUGAAUGUCGAAACAGUUAGAUUCACUGAUGUUGGAAUCACGAGCUGUUUGCUAAAGGAUAUUGUUCCUGCAAUGGAUGGUGACUUUGUUGGUGAGAAAGAAAGAUGCAAGGAGGUUAAUUGCUUACAAGAAUGCCCAUCUGGAGUACAGAAUUCAGACCUAGAGGUUCAUGUUACUGCAAAUGGCUCAUCCCAAGGCUCCCAGAAGAAGCAGAAACUUUCCAGCCCAAGAUCGAGUAUUUCAUCUCUUUCUGAAGAUGAUACAAUUGCAGAUGGGUUCAGUAGUCCGCCAAUUCUUGAGCAGCAUCCCACCAGGCCAUCUGAAUUGGGAGCUGAGCAAAGUGGGAAUACGUCAUCAGCACCCACUACCAUCUCACAAUGUCGAACCACAGAUGCACGAGGUGAAGACUUAAAUGUUGCAAAUCAGGACGAGAUUCUGGUAGAUAGAGACAGAUUACUAGGGAUUGAUGAUCUGGCUUUAAUUACUAGUGGCAUAUCGUGUUCUUACAGAAAUGGUCCCAGUGCUUCUGAUUCUGGAGAUGACUCGUUAGCAUCUAGCUUUGACAUGCGAUCUUGCAUGUCUUCUCCUGAAGGGCUGCAAGUUUACUCGGAUUCAUGCAUUUCCAGAAACACUGAGACUUCCUCCUGCCUAUCAGAUACUGAAAUGAUUUGUCGGAGUGACAAAAUAUCCAACAAAAAGAAUGUGUUUGCUGAUCCAAAUACCAAUUCUCUUGGGAAAUGUUUAGAGGUAGCUGUGAACAAAUCAGAAACUAAUCCUGUCGCGCCACAAUCUCUACUUAAGAAUACCAGUCAAGUUGUCAAGAAACGUUAUCCAGUACAUGGUAAACUUACUUGGAGUAAGGACCAGGUUCCUUCUGCCGUUACUAAAGUUUUUCCUGUGCAGCAUCCUUCAAAUUUUAGUAAUACGAAGAAAUUGUAUCCUCCUCAUGCCACAAAAUCAAGGACGUGGUGUCGAACUGUUGACUCCUCUGCUUCAGUUGCGAAACCUAAAGUAAAACCUCCUGUUCCUCAGAGUAAUGCAACAAAGGCAGCCGGAUCAAUACAGAGUUCAUACAUACGGAAAGGAAAUAGUCUAUUGAGGAAAAAUUCCCCAUCAAAUGACACUUCACAUGGAUUCCCUGGUUCAAGCUGCUCAGUUUAUCGGCCAAGUCCUUGCACCAAUACUAUAAAGAGUGACCUGGAAUCUGAGUACAAGACUGGUGAUGCUGAUUCAUUAACUCUGAAAAGAACAGGGAAGGUAAACACUUCUGAAAUAACAAAAGCAAUGACCCAAAAUCGUAAUCGGAACUCAUUAAGUUGCAGUACUUGCAACUUGGAGGAGCCUUUACCCAUCAGUAAUCCUCACAGCAAUGAUUUUCCUUCUAAAACUUUGGAUGUCAUGGAGGAGAGGAUAAAGUAUUCUCCGGCUCCUGAAUGCGGAACUGAUUCAGUCGUCGGAUCAGAUAGCCCAAGUACAGCCGUAGAAGGGAAUGCUGGGAAGAAGGCUAUCUAUGUCAAGAGGAGAUCUUAUCAAUUGGUUGCGACUUCUAAUUCUGAUGAUAAAUCUAUAUUAGGGUUGGAUAGUACACAGGCACGAUUAUCUGAUGGUUACUACAAAAGUAGGGAAAACCAACUUUUAAGAGCAUCACCAGAAAAUCAUGUCAAAAAAGGGAAUGAAGAUGCUACUGCAUCUGGACUGGUGCCUCACUCAAUUAUUCCUAAAAUUCCUACUAGGAGGCAAUCUAGUCUUGGCAAGACUAGCAGAUCAUCAAAAUUUUCAUUUGUGUGGAAAUUACAUGAUACACAGUCUUCAGAAAAGCAUAAGAAUUCAUUGAGACCUCAGAAAGUCUGGCCGCAUAUGUUUUCUACUAAAAGAGCUGCUUAUUGGAAAAGUCUUAUACAGGGAAUAAACCCGUCUCAUUCUAACAUCAGCCAAAAGCUGCUGGUGUCAAGAAAGAGAGGUGCAAUUUACACUAAAUCAAGUCAUGGAUAUUCUCUUAGGAUGUCAAAAGUCUUAAGUGUUGGUAGUUCUAGUUUAAAGUGGUCAAAGUCCAUUGAAAGGAGCUCGAGGAAAGCAAAUGAGGAAGCUACAAGAGCUGUUACUGCUGCUGAGAAGAGGAAAAAGGAAGAAAAGGGGGCUGUUCACAUUGCUUCAAAGAGCAGAAACCAUGUUUCUCGUAAGUGGGUUCUUAAUGUAAAGCUGCGUCCAGGUGAACGAAUAUUCCGUAUUGGUUCAGAUCGCUACAAAAUGGAUCCAACAAGGAGGACUCUUCAGAGGAUCACAGACAAAGAAUCAUCAUCAUCGGUUGCUCCUCAAUCUAAAAAGAAUGUUAAGAGAUCUUAUAUUCCCAAGAGAUUAUUGAUUGGCAAUGAAGACCAUGCAGAUACAAUAACAGAGACAGACUUUGAGUUUGAGCAUAUUUUAGUGGUCUUUUUGAUACCUUGCUAUUUAUUUAGAUAUGUUCGAAUUGGAAAUGGUAACCAGCUGAUUAGAGAUCCAAAGAAACGUGUUCGUGUCCUUGCAAGCGAGAAAGUUCGCUGGAGUUUGCGAACUGCUCGAUUGCGUUUGGCUAGAAAGAGUAAAUACUGCCAGUUCUUCACUAGAUUUGGGAAGUGCAAUAAGGAUGGUGGGAAGUGUCCAUACAUCCAUGAUCCCUCUAAAGUUGUAGUCUGUACGAAAUUCCUGGCUGGUUCAUGCACCAAUGUCGACUGCAAAUUGACCCACAAGGUUAUCCCUGAGAGGAUGCAAGAUUGUUCAUAUUUUCUGAAAGGGUCGUGCUCCAAUGACAGUUGUCCUUAUAGACAUGUACGUGUCAAUCCUGAUUCAAGUGUUUGUGAAAAUUUCCUCAGAGGCUAUUGUGCUGAUGGCAAUGAGUGCCAGAAGAAACACACCUAUACCUGUCCGGCUUUUGAAGCAACUGGAGUGUGUCCUCAAGCAUCAACAUGCAAGCUACACCAUCCAAAAAAGAAGACAGAAAAGAAACCAACGAUGGAGCAAAAGGUUGUAAGAGGGCGCUACUUUGAUGGUGGACUUGUUGGAGUUGAUGACUGGAGCUCAGCAUCAGCAUCAGCGGCAGCACCACUGGUAGAGAAGCUCGCCACGAGAGGUAAGGAUGACAUGAUUAUGCAUGAAGGACAAUUCCCGGAUUUUAUUAGCUUAGAAGUCAGCGAUGAUGAUGAAACGGAUCAAGGAUGUGAUGAACUUCAGCCAGAUGCACAGAAAGAUCAUAGUGUCGACUAGUUAUAGUGUGUCAUACAUAUAUAUAUUCGUCUCCAGCCAUUGGCAGCCGGGAGAUGAACAACAUAGAUGUAGAGGUACAGGCAAUGUUUAUGAUCUAUACUUGUAGGUUUUACUGUAUCUAUAUGCAGUUUUAAGGUUUAGUUAUAGGAUUAUGUAAAAACAAAUUAUGAAAUGAAAUUUGAAAUUAGUUAAAUCUAUUUGUUGUUUUUGAA